AUGAAGCUGCCAACUUGGAAUUGGCUCACGCUUGUCGCCAGUCUUCUGUUGACUGUCGCAUCAGGCAAUCACCGUGAUGUCUCCCAUAGGAGAGGCUUCACUCCACAGGCACUGGAAGAUCUCCGAGCCAGAUCUCUCUAUGGCCGAGACACUCCGGUUGCUGACCGCCUGUAUUACACAAAUGCCACCAAAGAAUACUUUGUGGAGUCACUACCGGAUAUCCCCAAAAGCUUCAUGACCGAGAUGUACAGCGGCAUCAUACCUGUGAACAUGUCUGAUGACAGCCGUGGCUUCUUCUAUGUUUUCCAACCACGUGUUGGCCCGCCGGUCAAGGAGAUUACCAUCUGGUUUAAUGGCGGACCGGGCUGUAGCUCGCUCGAAGGCUUCUUCCAAGAGAACGGCCGGAUCCAAUGGAGCUGGGGUCAAUAUUCACCGCAGAUCAAUCCGUAUUCCUGGGUCAACCUGACCAACAUGCUCUGGGUGGAAUACCCGAUUGGCGUUGGUUUCUCUCCUGGGAACGCGACCGCGAUCAACGAAGAAGAGCCAGCGGCCGAGUUUAUCCAGUUCUUCAAGAACUUCCAGACCAUAUUCAACAUCAGCGACUACAAAAUCUACGUGACCGGGGAAAGUUAUGCAGGCAGAUAUGUGCCAUAUGUCGCCAAUGCCAUGCUCGACCAGAAUGACACAACGCACUUCAAUCUCUCAGGCGCGCUGGUGUACGAUCCCUGCAUUGGGUCCUUCGACUACGCAAACGCCCUCUCGGUGUAUCCGUUCAUCGAGCAGUACAACAACAUUCUCGGCUUCAACCACUCAUACGUCUCGUCACUUGCCGACCGAGACAAGAAGUGCGGCUAUGCGGAGUACCGCAAAGAGUACAUGCACUUCCCGCCCAAUGCGACGCAGCCGCCUCUGUACCUCAACAGCACGGCCGAUCCGGACUGCGACCUCUGGAACGAGGUCUACGACAACGCGUACGGAGUGAACCCGUGUUUCAACGUCUACGAGCCCAACCUGCAGUGUCCGCUGUUAUCUGAUCCCCUCGGAUUCCCGAGCGACCUGAUCUACUCGUAUCCCGGGCUUCCACCGUAUUUCAACCGCACCGAUGUCAAGAAGGCAAUGCAUGCACCAGUGACGACCGAUUGGGAACUCUGCACUGGCCCUGUCUUCGUUGCUGAUGGUGGACCGGAGGAUUACGGCGAUCUGAGCGCGGAUCCAUUGCAGGGUGUGCUUCCUCGGGUCAUUGAAGCCACGAACCGAGUUUUGAUUUCCAACGGCGCUCUCGAUCUCGAGAUCCUCACCAACGGCACGAUGCUUGCGAUCCAGAACAUGACGUGGAACGGCAAGCAAGGGUUCCAGAAGGCGCCGUCCAAGCCGAUCGUGAUCAAGAUCGGCGACAUUCAGUACGAGGAAGUCUUUGAGAGCAGUGGCCUGGGCGGGCUCGAUAGCUACCAGGGCGUGAUGGGCGUGCAGCACUUUGAACGUGGGCUAAUGUGGGCCGAGACAUAUCUGAGCGGACACAUGCAGCCACAGUUCCAGCCUCGAAGCAGUUUCCGUCACAUGCAAUGGCUUCUGGGGAGGACUGAUGCAUUGUGA